GAUGGACAAACGUGCGGGCACUAAGACCGCAACGCAUUCAUUUCCUCCUACCGUGGAUGCGGACGCCGGGAGGAGGCGAGCCCUAGAGCGAGGAACCCAGAGCCCAGGCUCAGAGAACACGUAGCGACUCCGAAGAUCAGCCCCAAUGAACAUGUCAGUGUUGACUUUACAAGAAUAUGAAUUCGAAAAGCAGUUCAACGAGAAUGAAGCUAUCCAAUGGAUGCAGGAAAACUGGAAGAAAUCAUUCCUGUUUUCUGCACUGUACGCUGCCUUUAUAUUUGGUGGUCGGCACCUAAUGAACAAACGGGCGAAGUUUGAACUGAGAAAACCAUUAGUGCUCUGGUCUCUGACCCUUGCAGUCUUCAGUAUAUUCGGUGCUCUACGUACUGGUGCUUACAUGGUGUACAUUUUGAUGACCAAAGGCCUGAAGCAGUCAGUUUGUGACCAGAGUUUUUACAAUGGACCCGUCAGCAAAUUCUGGGCUUAUGCAUUUGUGCUAAGCAAAGCACCCGAACUAGGAGAUACAAUAUUCAUCAUUCUGAGGAAGCAGAAGCUGAUCUUCCUGCACUGGUACCACCACAUCACUGUGCUCCUGUAUUCUUGGUACUCCUACAAAGACAUGGUGGCAGGGGGGGGUUGGUUCAUGACUAUGAACUAUGGCGUGCACGCCGUCAUGUACUCUUACUAUGCCUUGCGGGCCGCAGGUUUCCGCGUCUCCCGGAAGUUUGCCAUGUUCAUCACCUUGUCUCAGAUCACUCAGAUGCUCAUGGGCUGUGUCAUUAACUACCUGGUCUACUACUGGAUGCAGCAUGACCAGUGUCACUCCCACUUUCACAACAUCUUCUGGUCCUCACUCAUGUACCUCAGCUACCUUGUGCUCUUCUGCCAUUUCUUCUUUGAGGCCUACAUCGGCAAAAUGAGGAAAGCAACGAAAGCUGAAUAGUGUUGGAACUGAGGAGGAAGCCAUAGCUCAGGGUCAUCAAGAAAAAUAAUAGACAAAAGAAAAUGGCACAAGGAAUCACAUAUGGUGCAGCUAACACAAAACAAAAUAUACGAGCAGACACAAAACCCGAGGCAGCUUAGGGAUAGUUAGGUUGACUUAACCCAGUAAGUUUAUGAUCCUUUUUGGGUGAGGACUCACUGAGUGCACCUCCAUCUCAAAGCACGGCUGCUGGGAGGGUCCCCCUUCCCCCUUACCUGUCAACUUUAGGACAAACAAAAGCAAAAGAGCGCCAGAGGCAGAAAGAGACUAAUAGAAAGCAAGCAAA